UUCCAGAAGAACCAGUGACUAUAAAAAAGGUAGGACCUCCAAAAGGUCGUGAGAUAAUUCAGUAUGAAGACAUGUUCAGUAAGAAAUCCACACCAGUUGUUGAAGAGAAGAAGAGUACAGUCAGGCUGACAAAAUCUGCCUCAGAGAGUGUAAUAAGACCUCGGUUUUACAGCUAAACAGGGGACCACCUAAGGUGGAAGUAAAAGAUGCCACUGUAAAGACAUUUGCAGAAAUCAUGGCGGAGAAGAAGAGGAAACGAUUGUUAGCUCAACAAGAAAAACCAUAUACACCAAUAUCAUUUGAUGAUAAAGAAUCAUCACAAGGAAGUAUAUCAGCAGAUGACAGGCUAUCACCUACACCAUCACAAUCCACAAUAUCAUCCAGCAUUUCUAACAUCUCUAGUCCAGUAAAAACAUUGUCUCAACCACCAAGUGCUUCAAAUACAGAAAAAACUGAAACGAAAUCUCGCUGGAAAAAACGCAAAACGAGCAUUCCAGAAGUUUCUGCACCGGAAAAAAUUAUUACAGAAACUCAGAAAAAUAAAUUCGAAAUCACAAAAGAUAGUAAACUUUCAAGUGAAUCAGAUAUGUUUGUAGUGGAUAAAAGUGAAAAGGUGGAUGAAUCUGGAUUUGACGAAGAAUUUACCUCACUAACAUCUGUAUCACCUGUGAAAACUGAGCCAUCUAAUACUUUUAAUGAAAGUAAAAAAGGGAGAGAAGAGAAGAAAAGCAUAUCGGAGAGUUUUAUGGACUUUGAAGACGAUUUACUCAACAUGGAUGAUGAUGACGACAUAGAUCUCGAGCUGGAUGGUGGCGGCAAGGAUACUGAUGAACUAAUGAGAGAAAUUGAUGAAAUGCUCUCUUAAAAUUACAACUUUGUUUAACGGUUAAUGUGAUGUGUAAGCAUUCUAUAAUGACAGUUGCUCAAAUGCUAUGACUAAAGAUGAGCGAAGACUGGAGAGUAGUGUUUCAUUUGAUGAUAAAGAGAAAGAGAUUGCUAAUGCUAUAGAAAAAGAGAUUGUAAUAGGUUUAGAAGUUUACAUUUUGUAGAUAGUCACAGUGCUUCUUUGCAUACGGUCUGAGUGCUAUUUUAAUGCCUAUUAUAUUUUCUGUCUGAAACUUCUGUACACAACACCAGUGUUAUACUUUGUUAAAAUGUAAAUAAGACCUCAUUCUUCUUGCCCAGGACUGAAGGCCAUUUUGAACUAGGCUUAAUUUGUAUAUUUAUAUUUCAUGAAGUAUUUUAGUUAGAUGAGAUACUAAUAAAAAUGACAUUUAAAAUUUUGUUGAGUUGCACGUCCGAUGAAAGUUCAAGAAAGAGAUUUAGCACUUGGUUAAUAAUAAUUAUAGCAGCAAUUUAGACAUGUUUCCAAUGUAUUUGAAUGCCUGCAUGCUAUGUUAUUGGUCAGUUGUACUUACCACAAAAAAACAACAACAACCAGUCAUGGAUAUAGGACAUCUUUUAAAAAUUUCAUGAUUUUAUUAAAAAAAUGUGCUAUAGGAAAAGUGUUAAAUUUUCUGAUGAAUUAUUAUGAAAUAAAAAUUUGUUAAUAUGAUUAGAGGCCAUAGAGGCUAUUUAUAUAUAUAUUUUUAUUGGUUAAGAUGAAACUAAAGUGAAUAGUUUUAGAAAAGCUUAAUUUGUGGACACUUAAAUAACUUUGGGAUAAAAGUUGAUUUUUUUUAAAGAGAUUUUUGUCAUUAUUUUAUAAGUUGAUUUAAUAAGUGAAUUCUGAGAAUUUAAGUUUAUAGAUUAGAAGAAAAAAAAAGACAAUGACUAAUUGUGAAUGAAAUAAAACAACACCAAAAAAACCAACAACAACACUAACUUAUGUUGUUAUUUAAAAAAAAAACAAAAAACAAAUUGAUAUGCUCAAAUCAACCAAUAUGAUGUGUUAAAUUGUUAUAUAUUUUUUUCUUCAAUUUUAAGAUUGUCAAACAGUGGUUGAUGGUUACAUGGUAUAUGAAGUACCCAUUGCAUUUCAUCUGUUAUAGACACAGAAUUUAUAAACCUUUAUUCAUAUGUUUUCAUGAAACGUUUGUGUGCAAUACAUUAAGCAGAUAUGAUUUUGAGAAACACAAAGAACUGUUUUAACAUGUCUAUGUGCUUAAUUGUCAGAGCUACUUUGACAAUAAAAAAAAAAGAAAAAAAAAGUAGUUACAUGUAAAUAGUGUCUAACUUUGCAAGACAUUUACUCUAUGUGUACGUUUGUUUAAUUUACUGGCAACCUUUGAUAUAGUGCAAUCUUUCAAGAGAGUAUGAAUUAUUAAUGUAUACUUUAAAAUUACAAAUAAUUAAUUGAUGAAAUUGAAUAUUGAAUGACGUAGAUAGCCAUGUCUUCACAGUCUGUCUAUGGUUUAUUAAAGGCCAGCUGAAUCUGGUGGAAAUAACGUUUUUCCUAUGACACAAUUGUAAAAAAAUCAAUUUCUGUAUAGAUUAUGGAAAGAUGAAUUAUACAUAAUUGUGAAUAAAAAAUAAAAGAAAAAUUUUG